AUGCAGACCAUCAACGAUUGGGAGGACAUCCCUGGGAUCGAUAAUGUCAUCGAACAUGCCAAGACCCUCGAGCUGAAGCAGCCCCUGCGCAACCUGAACGACCUCUUCUACGAGUCCCAGCCGGAGGAACUCCCCUGGAUCCGCACCGAGUGCGUGAUCGACGUGGUUCAGGGCGCCGCCUAUUUGGGACAAGCUGUGGUCUUCUUGUACAAGGCCAUCGACUACGACGGUCUCAAGUGCCCAAACAACUCUCCGGUGGGCUGCGCUGCCAGUGUCGCGGGCUUCAUCACCUCCAUCACCUGGAUCGCCUCGUACCUCUCCUUCGCGGCCAACGCCUGUGGUGCCGCCGUCAACUCGGGCGCCCUCUGUGCGGGAGACUGGACGGCCCUGAUGGCGAAUUUUGGCGAGAUGGCGACCGUCGGAGCGGCUGUGAAGGAGGAUUGCGAUUUCAACAAGGACUGGAUCGCCCUGCUGCACGUGACCGACGCCAACCCCCUGCCGCCCAACUGGCAAGCCUUCGUCCCUGCUGGCGCCGCGCCCACCGUGGAGACCAUCGCCAAGGUGGAUGCGCUCCGCACUUCCAAGCGCAACCGCAACUUUGACCUCACCCAGUGCGUCAUGGCGGACGUGACCAAUGCGGCCUCCUACAUUGUCCGCGUCAUCCUGCAGAUCCGCUCUGCGGCCAGCGCCUGCCCUGAGCCAAAGGCCUGCGCGAUCAACAUCAUGAACAUCAUCAGCUCCUUCGCGUGGAUCUCCCAAUUCACG